UGUUUGUAAUUAUUAAACUCUUUGGUGUGCAAUUCCAAUACAUCCAGUAACAAUUUUGCUAAAAUAUAUUACCGUACAUUUAAAGAAGCAGUUAGUUUAUCUUAUUUAAAAUUUAUAUGCUUUAAAAUUAUUUUUGAAUAUAAGUUAAGUUAUUUGGAAAAAUGGCAAAAACAGUCAUGUACUCACAACUGCACCCAUGGAGUUCUGCGGGGGCGCCACCCUGCAUGGACCAGGUGUCGGGGCCAUUGGUGCCCCUUCGAGUCAGCAACUACUACAAGACCCCUCGCCCCCACCCUUGGAGACCCACCAUGGGCUACGAGAAUGUCGAGGUCGUCCCCCUGCCAUCUCAGCCAGUGACCAAUGCACUGGUCGACUCUUCAUGUAGCCCAAGUGGGAUGGCGACUGAGCCACUGAGAUUCCCCAACCUGGUGACUGGGACUGAGCGUAACCCGGCACAUGCUGCUCGUGCCGCUCUUUACACUCGGUACACACCUUAUGAGUGGACACAGAACUCGCUCAACCACUACAAUGAGAGCGACACCAACCGGAACUUCUCAGAGAGGUUGCGCUCAGAUGCUGUGCGAGUUAUGAGAGAGACAGAUGAGAAGACACAGGUGGGCCAGAGAGACGCUGGUCGACGGCUGGGUGAGCGCAUCACAGACAUCACGUUCUGGCGUAACGAGCUGGCCACGGAGUUGGAGCGGAUGAUUGCGGAGAGCAACUUGCUUCAAGACACACGGCGAGCCCUGGAGAAGGCUCGCCAGGACUGUGAACCACCGCUGCAUAUUGCUCAGGAGUGUCUGUACCAUCGGGAGAAUCGGCACGGUAUUGACCUGGUCCAUGAUCAAGCAGAGCAAGCAAUACUAAAAGAGGUUGAAAAUCUACGGAAAUGUGAAGAGAGACUUUCUCUCUUGCAUUCAAAAGUUGUAGAACAGUUGAGACAGAACCGAGCAAGUCAGCAUGAGUUGGAGACAGACGUAAAAAGCAAAGAGUCUGCAAUCGGCAUCGACUCAAUGUGCCAUCAACUCAACAACUACUCCAGAGGCAUCAACUACUACGGAGGCAUCGAGAAAUACGACCCAACUGUGAAUGUGCCGGAGACAUGGUCCGAACACUCUAACCGUAUCAUCCAGAGAUCCCAAGGAGAGCGUGCAAAGUCGGCACAGCUGCGCACAGACGCAGACAACCUGAUCAAUGAGUGUGCAAACAACAUCUGGAACAGCUGGAAUACAACUAACAGUGCACUCUCACGACGCGCCACCGAGACACUUGAGGCCAAGAACAAGCUGCAGAUGCAUCUACACAAGGUACAACAGGAAAUCUUUGACGUAGAGAAGAGUAUAGAGCUGAUACGCAAGGCUAUCAUGGACAAGAGUAACCCUCUGAAAGUAGCUCAGACGAGACUAGAGGCUCGGGCUCACCGGCGCGACGUGGAACUGUGUAGGGAUGGCGCACACACAAGGCUAGUGCAGGAGGUACAGGAGCUAGGGGACAGUGUGGAGUUUCUCCACCGCAAGCUACAAGAGGCUGAAGCCCAACAUCAGCAGUUGCUAAGGACUCGUAGUAACCUGGAGCAGGACCUCCACAUCAAGGUCAACUCUCUGUUUAUCGACCGAGAGAAGUGCCUCGGCAUGCGACGCAGCUUCCCCAUCUCUGCCACCAUCAAGUACUGAACUGAGACGUGCGGAUGUUAAAAUUGUCUGUAAAUAUGUUAGCUACAGUAAAUAAAUAUGUUUAUGGUUUUACCAUCACCAAAAACAGUACCGUUUAUAUAUUGUUAUCUAUCUUGGACAACGAACUAGACAUUCAAUUCCCUCUGAGUAGUAAACAAUAGAGGCAAGUGUUGUAGCCAGUUUUAGAAUAAAUUAACACAAGUGAACUGAGCCAUUGACAGAUCUGUACAGCCAUAGACAGGCUUGUAUAAAACAAGUUGUAUACAGAGCCCAUACGAAAGACAACUUAGGGGUCGGUAACACACCAGACAAGAAGUCCAUGACAGAGAGAGUUUGCAUAUUUGUAUCCGCCAUUAAAUUGAAUCAAUACAGUUCACUCCUGUACUAACAGGCUCACCCCUUGCUUUGCUGGAAAUUUUUGAGAGAAAGGCCUAUCUGCAAGGAGGCUGCCAACCUUUAAAAAAACUUAUAGCAUCUAGUAUGGCACAUCAACUUAAAAUUAAGAGAGAAAAUGGACCGUACGCUGUUACACACUCUGAAAGUGGCUCGUUCAAUUCUUAUUUUUAUUUUUGUUAUAACAAAUUGGCUACUGUUGGUCCAUGUAGAUAGGAGUCUACUUCAGGAUCCGAAUGAUAAAGCUGUUAUACAACUUUAGUUACCAUUCACCAUUUAUUUUAUUUCACAUUCAGACAUUUUAGAUCUUGUGCCACAUGUAUGGAGAUAGUAUGCAUCUCCUGUUGAUUAUUCCUAUGGAAAAAAAUAUUUCUUAAAUGUGCUGCAUUUGUAAAAGUUGUUUUAUUCUAUGCUGUAUAAAAUACAGGCUUUUAAUUUGAGAGGUUAACAUGUUAUUCACGCCAAAACCGUUUUUGUGAAAGCUAAGUUUAUUCUUCCGUUUUAUUUUGUAAAACGGAUAAAAAUGUACUAGCGUCGGCAAUUUAUUUCUUUGUAUACAAAAUGUAAAUAAUAUAUUAGUUUUAACUAAUAUUUACCAAAAAUCAUAAACCAUCCCACUUGUAGAGUAGCUGGUUUAAGCCUUUACAUAAAUAAAGUAGACAGUUAAGUUACCCAAACUAAUUGGAACAGAAGUGGUUUUUGGAUUAUCAAAUUAAUUGAUUUUCAUUUAAAAGGCCAAGGUUUUAGUAGGUACAGCAAACGAACGUCACCAACUUAAUUGAAAAUAAAUCACUACCACUUACUUAACUAGUUAUUUUUAACGACUUUUUUCACUUAACACAGAAAUUCUAGUAGCCUACCAUUACCUAAAUAUUAGUGAUGGGACAAUCCCAAGAUUGCUUGAUUCCGAUUCCUAAACUAAAAUUUUUCUUCCAUUCUAAAUCCUUAUUUGAAACCAAAUUAAGUUAAAUAAACAAGUGGUAUUAAUAGAUGGAGAAGGAAAAUUUAUGAUAUUAGUUAAAUUAAAUAAUAUAAAUAAACCUAUCUUUUAAAUUAGGUACAAACUUUAAUGAGUUUUUUAGUAGGGUAAAUUGAGAUAAAAAUAGCUACUUCCCUAAAGGUGAAUUCGCUAAUAAAAAAAUUAGUUCCUUUUUUGUUUGUGUGAUUGGAAUAUUGACAUAUUAUUGAGAUGUGAAUCUAGCUUAUCCAUGCUCAAAGAAGAUGUAUGCAAUGUUUGUGCAAUCAAAAUUUCACAGUAUCAUGGUGAUCACAAAAGAUGUUUUUGAUGUUACUGUAAACUCCAGAUUUUUUGGAACUAACGAUUCUUUUGAUACCACUGAAACUGAAGUCAACAUUAUGUGUACAAAAAUUCCAAUAUGAAGUACAAGUUGCAUAAUAUGAUAUUGAAAUUAUAACAAGU